AUCCCUCACUCAAAAGGUUGAACAGGACCUGCAUCUUCAAUUUCUAUAGCCACAACCUCGCCAAAGCGUGCUCGUGGUGCCCGGAAAAUUUUGGGAGGAAACCCCUCGACGUGUUUCUCUGAUUUCAAACCAAGAGUGAAAGAGUGGGCGUUUGUCCGGGUGCGAAAAGCAGCUUUGAGCGGCCGCGGUACGGAUUGAAAAGGGAAUUGGCAAUUGGUACUCCGUAUACGGGGAAUCGAGGCCAGGGCGAAAGGGAAUUGGGAGGGUACCAAUAAGUCUUCUGCAUGUGGUUUUAGGGGCUUGGGGGACCGAGUUUGAGGGCAGUUGUUAUUUAUCUUUGCUUGGGACUCUUCGUUUAUUUUCGUUGCUUCUUUUCUUCUUUCUUCCCAUCUUUCUUCGUCCCCCAUCCCUCGACGUCUCCUCGACCUACUUGACCCUGCCCGCAAUGGCCACUCGCCGAACCACCCGCCGACUCCUCAAACCGCUCCUCUACACGACCGCUGCCGGCCUUGCAGGCGGCGCCGCCCUCUACGUCGCAUACCGCCCGCGCGACAUCCCGGGGCUCGAAGCCGCCCAGGUCCCGCCCCCGACGUACGGAGAGGGCGGUGUAUUGAAGCCCCCGCAGUUCCCGAGGGUGAAGAGCAGGGACGAGCAGAUUGAGGCGUUGAAGCGGAGUAAUCCGUCCAACUUCACCAAGAACACUAGGUUAUUAGCGGGCAAGUGGGGGAAGAAUGACGAUACAAAGAGUGCGAAUGCGACAGAAGACGCUGAGGGAGGCGAGGAAUACGAUCUACUCGUCAUCGGAGGAGGCGCGACGGGUUCAGGUAUUGCGCUGGAUGCGGCGACAAGGGGACUCAAGGUUGCCCUUGUGGAGAGGGAUGAUUUCAGUAGUGGCACGAGUAGUAAGAGCACCAAGCUGGUGCAUGGUGGGGUGAGGUAUUUGGAGAAGGCCGUGUGGAAUCUGGAUUAUAAUCAGUACUUCCUCGUCGUGGAAGCACUCCGCGAACGUCGCUACUUCUUGGAUACGGCGCCCCAUCUGAGCUCCUGGCUCCCCAUCAUGAUCCCCAUCGAGAAGUGGUGGCAGGUGCCCUAUUUCUGGGCAGGCACCAAGUUCUACGAUUUCCUGGCCGGGUCCGAGAAUAUCGAGAGCUCGUACUUUUUGACCAAGAGCAAGGCGCUGGAUGCCUUUCCCAUGCUAAAGAAGGAGGGCCUGUUUGGCGCCUUGGUGUACUAUGACGGCGCACACAACGAUUCCCGCAUGAACGUCUCCCUCGCCAUGACGGCUGCCCUCUACGGCGCCACCGUCGUCAACCACAUGGAAGUGACCUCGCUCGAAAAGGACGCCAACGGCCGCCUCAACGGCGCCCGCGUCAAAGACCGCAUCCCCGAGCUCAGCGGCAAACCCGCGCAAGAAUUCUCCAUCCGCGCCAAAGGCAUCAUAAACGCCACGGGCCCCUUCACCGACUCGAUCCGCAAACUGGACGAUCCGAGCGUCGAAGAAAUCGUAGCACCCAGCUCGGGUGUCCACGUCAUUCUCCCCGGCUACUUUUCUCCCUCCAACAUGGGCCUCAUCGACCCUUCGACCUCGGACGGCCGCGUCAUCUUCUUCCUCCCCUGGCAAGGCAACACCAUUGCGGGCACCACCGACACCGCCUCAACCGUGACCAAGGACCCCGUAGCGGGCGACGACGAAAUCGACUGGGUCCUCAACGAAAUCCGUCACUAUCUGCAACCUGACAUCCGCGUCCGCCGCUCCGACGUCCUGGCCGCCUGGUCCGGCAUCAGGCCCUUAGUCCGUGACCCGAAAAAGGCCAAAACCGAGGGUCUAGUCCGGAAUCACCUCAUCACCACCUCGCCCUCGGGCCUGCUCACCUGCUCGGGAGGAAAAUGGACCACUUACCGACAAAUGGCCGAGGAAACCGUCGACGAAGCCAUCAAGGAAUUCCACCUCGCCCCCAAACCGCUGCCCAACCCCCCGCGCGUCUCGGGCACCGAAAUCAAGGACGAAGCCCCCCUAGACGGGACCUGCCAAACCCAUCGGGUCCGCCUCAUCGGCGCGCACGGGUACAGCAAAACGCUCUUCAUCCACCUGAUCCAGCACUUUGGCAUCGAGACGGACGUGGCAAAGUACCUGGCGCAAGCGUACGGCGAUCGAGCAUGGAGCGUCGUCGAGCUCAGCUCGCCCACGGGCCGGACGUUCCCCGUCCGCGGCGUGCGCAUCUCCCCUCUGUACCCGUUCAUCGAUGGCGAGGUACGGUAUUGCGUACGGAACGAGUACGCGGAGCGCGCGACGGAUGUACUUGCCCGGCGCAUGCGGUUGGCAUUUCUGAACGCGAGGGCGGCGCUCGAGGCGUUGCCGGGCGUGAUCGAUAUCAUGGCCGAGGAGUUGGCGUGGAGCGAGGCGAGGAAGGAGAGGGAGUGGAGGGAUUCGGUGAGAUUCCUGGGGAGUAUGGGCUUGCCUAGGGAGAAGCUGGGCGUGACGAGGAGGGAGGUGGAGAGCGGGAAGCUGGGCUGGGGAGCGGAUGCGGGGACUACCACGGGGACGCGGGAGUCGGCGGCGAGGUACCCGGCUGGUCAUAAUCCGGUCAUGGGUUCGGAGGCUGGGGCGAAUAGAUAGGGGGGGCCUUCCUUGGGGUGGAUUGCUGCUGAUAUUGUGACUGUUAGAUUUGCUGGUUGGUCAUCUACAUAGAUUUACUUCCCCUGUUGUAGCUACUUACUCAACCCGUCGACGUGUCGGACGUUGAUCCUGAUAUCACUCCUCGCUGCAUCUUAAUUCUGGCUGUAACUGUACAUAGCCCUCGUUUCUCUCUUUGUACAUACCGCACUAAAGUCCAAUUGCUAGAAAAAACCUCC